AUGAUUUUCUUACUAUUAUUCACUACCUUUGGUUCAUGGCUAUUUCAUGAGCUUUACUGGAAACGAAGAACCUUACCGCCCGGGCCAACACCUCUACCACUUUUUGGAAAUAUUUUGGCACUGUCAGCAGAGAAACCAGGAUAUGAGGCGUUCAGAAAAUGGACCAAAGUGUAUGGAGAUGUAUUUACGUUUUGGAUGGGUUAG